UGUUCUUUCUGAUUGCAGGGACUAGUUUGGGGCUGGAGAAUACACAGGCCUUGAAUGUGUCUCAAAGAUGUGAGGAGGACACCAACACCUUUAUCUGGGAAAUUAACCAGGAGACAACCAAGGAAUAUGCUGUUUUCAUGCACAAUGCAUCUGGAAGGAUUGGUGGCAAUGUUACAGGAGGUGACGUCAACCAAACUGGUUCGCUGGACCAGUGUCAAUCUGCCCAUGGUCCUACUUUCUCUGGACAGUACUGCCAGGCAUUUCUCUCACAGGGAACUGUCCAGCAUGUUGUGGGUGUUUGUGUCCCUGACUCCUGCAGUGAAGAGGACGUACAUUUUCUUGUGCUGCAUGGGAGACUUCAGUAUGGUCAGACAGCGCUUAUUUCACCAAUACUGGUCAACCAGUCCAUUCAGGAGAUGACCAUGUUACGAUGUUUGCCCAACAACACCAUUGCUCCAGAUGCAUCUAGUCAUGGAUAUGUGGCCUGUCUGUUUGUGUGUUGCUUAAUGGUUGCAAUUCCUCUAGCAGCUACCAUGUUCACUGCUUUGUUAAGCUGGCAAAAGAACAAGGAUGUCAGUCCAUCUCCAGAGGCAUGCUGUAAAAACACUGCACUAAACCUUAUGGGGGUUUGAAGUCCAAUGACUCCUGCAGCAGUGACAUGAACAUAAGUACUUCAGAGGAGUUUAAUAAACACAAACCAGUCUGUUUUCCACGACACUGUCUGGAGCGGUGGCUGCAGGCAUUUUCUCUACAGAAUACCUGCCGUGGUGUCUUCAGCACAACCUCAUCAAUCCCAGGAGGAGGAUACUCCUCCCUGAAUGGAAUCCGUGCUCUCUCUCUGUUAUGGAUCAUAUGUGGCCAUAAUAGCACAUUCACUUAUUUCUACAACAUCGAUAAUGCUGAAGAAUGGUUUGAAUAUAUAAGGAGCAGCCCUUUUCAUAUUAUCACGGCUGGACCAGGUUUUCUGGCUGUAGACACCUUCUUAGUGCUUGGGGGUAUGCUUAGUGCCAAGUCUCUGUUAGGCUCCAUCAACAGGGCAGAGGGCAAACUGAGUGUCUCUGUGGUGGGAAACUACUUCUACAGUAGGAUCAAAAGGAUUCAGCCACUACAUAUAUUCUGUCUGUGUCUAUUGAUCGGUGUGUACUCGCUGGUCAAGUGGGGACCCUACAUGGCAUAUUUGAAAGAAGUAGAAACUUGCAAGAAAUAUUGGUGGGCUAACAUUCUGUUCAUCAACAAUCUCAUAAAUUAUGAGCACACAUGUUUACCUUGGACAUGGUACUUAAGUCUAGACUUCCAGUUUUAUGCCACCACUCCUGUGUUACUCUAUCUUCACAAAUUGAACAGAGGUGUGUUUGCAGCUGUGGUAGGAGGUUUGUUGCUACUAACCACUGCUGCUGGUGCCAUUUUGACAGCACUAAAUCACUUUCUAGUCUAUAUACCAGGAACAUGGAGCCCGGAGGAAAGGCAAUCACAAUUAACAAUGUACUAUACUAAACCUUACACAAGAUAUGGCCCAUAUUUACUUGGGAUCCUGCUUGGAAUACACUUUGUGACAAAAAAAGAUCAGCUCAUAAAGAAAAAGUGGCAGGCAGCACUCGGUUGGUUCUGCACUAUUUUCCUCAUGGCAGUGGUGUUUGGCUUGGCCUUUGCCCUCAGGGAGACCCCAGACUACCCAUCUGUGCCACAUGCCCUCUAUCAGGGACUGCACAGAACAGUCUGGGCUUUGGCUAUCGUCUGGAUCAUUGUUGCCUGUGAGGAAGGAUAUGGAGGUUUAAUCAAGAGUGUCUUGUCACUGGGUUUCUGGAUUCCAAUUUCCAACAUUAGUUUUGCUGCCUAUUUGUUCCAUCCUAUUGUAAUAUCCCUGCAUAAUGGAGUGCAAGAAAACACAUUUCACUUCACAGUCUUCAACUUUAUGAUCCUGUACUUUGGCCGCUUACUGCCGUCACUGUUGAUUGGCUACAUGUUGACUGUGCUGAUUGAGAAGCCCUACUUCCUAAAAUACAACCGUAAAUAGAUACAGUGGACAUCAGAAAACACAAUUGAAACUGUAUCAACACAUUGUCAUUUAAUAAUUGUAAAUUAUUGUCAUAACAUUUUAUAUUAUCAUAUUAUUUUAAAUUGAUGCUUGUAAGUCCCACAGCAUUGUAAGUGGGCAUGUGCGUGUUCAGCACUAUUUUCUGUAUGUGUUCCGGCACCUCAUGAUUUACAAAUGACGCACUGGUUAUAGGCUAUACCUGGUCAUAUUGCUGUUGGUUAUGUUUAACGUGAUGAUUACAUGCUGCACGAAUAGAGUAUAGGAUAAUAAAAAACUAUACAUACUGUAGGCUAAUAAUUGUUCCCCCCCAUGCAUUUCAUAUGCCCCCCUUAAAACUAAGGUCUGGCGACGGGUCUGGUUUGGACUGUCCUUUGUAGAGUGUGUUCUGUUUUCUCAAACCCUAGAUUGUUUUGUAUUAAAUACAACACACAAUUUAAUUGAAAUAAAAAAUGUAUCCUGUG